AUGCCUGCAGGAGGUUGUUUUUGUAAUAAUAUCCGCGUGAACUUCACCGGAGAACCUGAUGCUCAUCUGCUCUGCCACUGUCUCGACUGUCGCAAAAUCGGUGGCGCAAGCUAUAGCAACAACAUUGUUGUUUCCGAGGAUGCCUUCAAAGUCGAAGGCAAGCCCAAAGAGAUCUCCAAGCAAGCCGACAGCGGCAAGAAGAUUACGUCGCACUUCUGCCCUGACUGCGGAACCACGCUGUUCAGAAUUACGGCGUCGUUCCCUGGCUCGGUGAUCAUUAAGGCGGGUGUUUUGGAUGACCCAGAGUGGCCGAGUAAGAAUAAACCCAAGGGGGAACUAUUUAGCGGUGAGCGGAUCUCGUGGAUUGCUCCUAUUGAGGGGGCGGAUCAGAAGGGUGGUAUGUCCUAG